UUUAUUUAGCUUUAAGUUUGUUUAAUACUAAAGGAUAUUUCACUUUCAGUUCUGGGGAAAAAUGCACACUAGUGCAAGUGAAACAUAUUUGUCAUGUAUAAACCGUUGUUCUUGCUUGUAAAUAAAAUAUAUAUAAAUAAAUAAAUUGCACUCAAUAAAAAAAUAUAACAAAUAAUUAUUCCGUUCUAUAAAAAACUAAUAAAAAUUACACCCCUGCUUUAUGUCAAAGCCGCAUGUUUUGAUAACAAGAAAUUUCGCCCAAAUACAGAAUCACACAUAAAAGGGUCACACAACUUUGGUACAUAGCAAAAAUCGAUAAAAUAUAAAUAAUAACUUUAACUAUUUACUCGGUAAUAAAAUGUGAUUGGGACUGUCGUGCUAUGUUUUGUAUAAUGCAUUAUUAUAUUGAUCAAAAAUUAAAAAAAAGUUCUUCAUUCUGUUAGGCAAAGGAAAUUACGCACAAAAGGACGAAUAUGCAUUCGGUUGGAAUACAUUCUGCUAUGGCUAUUAAGCGCCAGCGUAAAAGAAGAGAUGAACAGAAAAGAGCUCGAGAACGGAGGUAUAGCACUCAAAGCUCCGAGAGUGGCGAAACAUUCCAUUCACCCAGUGGGUCUGUGAGACGCAAAUAUCAUCACCAUCAUGCGGCCAAGCCUGGACCAGGAAUGCUUGACAGCCAGGUUGUCACCAGUAUUGGAAUGCUUCAUAUUGGUAUUGUGUUCAUUGUUUUUGGAGUUUUUCUUAUCGGGGCAGGAAUUAUUCCAGAUGAAACAAUGUCCUGGAAUGUGUUUAGCUCCAGCUCUGCGUGGUGGAAUGAGGUGACUUGCACAGGAUUAUUUUCCCUUGGACUUGGACUAUUUUUGUUAGUUUUGAAUUGCCUCAUAAGUAGAAAGGAAGAGGAGGAUCUCGAAGACUACGUACAACGGCAGCUUACUCGAUCACGUUCUGGGCACCGCCUUGAAAGAGAUGUUGAAACUGGUGUGCUAACCACGCGCCAUGCUCGCAAAGCUGUAGCCUUACAAAAAAGCGGCCGCAAUAACUCGCCCACAGAUGUCGCAGUCGUAAACUGCGCAUCUUCGGAUAACUUAUCUAACGGACCGAUAGUUGGACGUAAUUGUAUGAAUAACUCUGGUGAUAUACUUCUCGAAAAAAUUGUAGAGGAAGAUACUCCCUAUUUAAAUGACAGAAGUGCAGGAAUAUCGCCGAUUGAAAUAGAAAAUGAUACGAAACAGCUGUUAAGAAGGGAGUCUAUUACUGAUGCAAUCAAUAUAACACGAAUAUAGAACACUUACUUACUUAAUUUUUCCUUAUUUACACAGCUUAAAGAUACAUACCUAUGGCGUAUAAUCAACUGCAACAAUUUUUUAAAGACAUUUUAGCUAACUAUUGUUAUGGCCAUUAUACCCACGUGUAUGUCUAUAUUCAAUCAUACAUCCGUCAAAACAUUUAAAUGUUUGAAAAUACUAUAUUAUGACUUUAAGAUUCUAUUAACUAUUUUAAUUUUAAAACAAAAUUAUUUAUCGGGUUUGCUGAAUGCGUUGUACAAUGAAGUAUUACUGCAGAUUAGGAAUCAUGCGAAGAUUAGCGCACAGAACGGAAAAAUACUAUGGGAUUAUAACACUGCUUUUGGGAAGUUAGCCGAGUUUGCCGAUAAAUAUGGAAAGCAAAUCUGUGAUGAAUACAUGCGACUUCCAAAUGCAGUGUAACAAAAAUUGCAUCAGAACGGGAAAGCUGGACCUAUACUGAUUAAUUAAAGUACCCCCUCUGACUGAAAACGUAUAUUUUGGGGUUCUACUCUAUUCUUUAAAAACGAAAUAUAAAUCAUUUCUAUUAUUUAUGUAACCAAUUUUUCAAAAAGGAAAAUCCUUGGAAAACUUUUCAAAUAAAACAGUGUACCAUUUUACCCAAGUUCUAUAAAUCA